UCGCAGGUCAAGCGCAUCCUUCUUGACCUGCGCCUGGAAUGAGAAAAGAGGAAGAUAAUAUUAAGAGAUGACAAUAUUAGGCGCGAUAGGCUCGAUGCCUAUCGCACUCACGUCGUAGCUAUAAAAAAAAAAAAAUAUAUAUAUAUGCUUAGAAAAACAAUAAAAAGUAAAAUCACUAUGUGCACAAUUUGUGUAUGAUUCAGUAUUCGACAUCUUUAAUGAAUGAAGAAUAGUAAUCAAAGAAAACAAAUUAAGCAAAAACAGUGCAAGCGAAAGUAAUGUACAACACACGACAGAAUGAUAGGCCCUGUGACUGAGAACGUUCAAGGACGUUUCGUCGUCGUCGAUGGGUGCCGUGUCAGAUUCUGACAUUGGCUGUCACAGUAUGGUGUCCUUCGCGAUGGUCUGUCAGUUGAAUCAUCUCAACAGGUCUCAAAUUCACCCUGUCUGCCAGUAACUUGGCGUAGAGCAGCCGUUGUCGCCCCCUUGCUUUGGCACCCUCAACUCUUCCAGUGCGUUAGACAAGGUUGUGUACUAUCAUCGGAACUUUUCUCAUUGUGCGCUGAGUCGAUAAUGAAUAACAUUGCACACAUGGACGGUAUUAAAAUAGGAGGAGUCAAUAUAAAUAAUUCAAGAUAUGCAGACGACACUGCCAUCAUUGCGGAGACUGAAGAUCAACUCCAGAAGAUCAUGGAUAUAGUUACAAGAGAGAGUAAAAAAGUGUUCAUGAAAUCAAUCAGAAGAAAUCUUUCACCCAAGUAAUCUCCAAGAAAAAAGAAAUCCCAAAAUGCUCAAUAAAGGUGGAUGGAAAGAACCUAAAGCAAGUAGACAACUCAUCUAUCUUGGUAGCUUGAUCACAUCCAAUGGUAAAUCAGAAAAGGAAAUCCUCAGAAGAAUUGGGAUUGCUAAAACAGCCUUCACAUCAAUGGCAAACACCCUAACCUCUGAAGAAAUCAGAUCUCUGAAAUGCUCUGUCUGGAGCACACUCCUCUUUGGUUGUGAAACUUGGACAAUCAGCAAAGCAAUGGAGAAAAGAUUAGUCGCUACUGAAAUGUGGUUUCUGAGAUGGAUGCUAAGGAUAUCAUGGAUGAAAAAGGCGCAGGUCAAGAAGGAUGCGCUUGACCGGCGACGUCAAGAUGAAAGACGAGAACGGGAGGCCCAGCAUGCCGCACGGGAGGCAGCAUGGGCGCAGGCGGCGCAGGCAGCGCAGGCGGCGCAGGCGGCGCAGGCUCGUAAUAAUUAGAUGUCUACUCGACGACUCUGCCGUGUCCGGGGAAAAGGCGCUCCACCUGCCUCGCCCGCAGACAUCAGGCAGGGCAGAGUCGUGCGCUCUACCAACCCGCGCGAGAGAGACGACUGCAGCCGCUCCAGGUCCUCGGCAGUACCUGGUGAGGCUGGUGGGUCCCCCCUUGCUCCAGGAGGAGGAGGAGGAAGAGGAGGAGGAAGAGGAGGAGGAAGAGGAGGAUGGGGAGAAGAAGAAGAAGAAGAAGAUGCAGCAGCCUGCCCAUUCCCGACUUUUAUGCCACCUCUCUAUUACAUUUAGUGUUUUUUUACUGAUCCUGUAAAUCAACCAAAUAAAGGCAAGAAAAUAGC